AUGGAGGUGGAGCUUAAAGCUCUUGAGGAGAACCAAACAUGGACUGUGGUGGAUCUGCCUAUUGGUAAGGUUCCAAUUGGAUGUCGUUGGGUUUAUAAGAUCAAGCACAAAGCAGAUGGGUCAAUUGAACGACACAAAGCCAUAUUAGUGGCCAAGGCUAUUAAGGGUUGGUAUUUAGAACAGUUGGAUUUCAAUAAUGCGUUUCUACAUGGGGAUUUAUCUGAAGAAGUUUAUAUGACCUUGCCUCCUGGAUUAUCUGGCUUUCCUCCUUCUAAACAAUCAAAGGCAGACUACUCACUAUAUGUCAAACAUGCUGAUUCUCAUUUUACUGCCCUUUUGGUCUAUGUUGAUGAUGUUGUUUUGGCAGGAAACUCCUUGGCAGAAAUCAGACAUGUGAAACACUUGCUAGAUAAACAGUUCAGAAUCAAGGACCUGGGUACCUUAAGAUACUUUUUAGGGCUUGAGAUUGCAAGAUCCACAAUAGGUAUUCUACUAAACCAAAGAAAAUACACCCUUGAAUUGCUGCAGGAUGCUGGUGUAUUAGCUGCUAAGCCAUCUUCUGUCCCAUUUGAUCCCAACACCAAACUGUCCCUACAUGAUGGUGAUUUAUUGGAUGAUCCUUCCUCUUACAGAAGACUCAUUGGCAGGCUCAUUUACUUAACCAAUACAAGACCUGACAUUUCUUUUGCUAUUCAGAAUCUCAGUCAGUUUAUGUCACAACCUAGAGUUCCUCAUAUCCAAGCUGCCACUCGGGUUUUAAGGUACCUCAAAGCAGUUCCAGCCACAUGCAUCUUCUACUCUUCCUCAAGUGCCCUGAAAUUAGUAGGUUUUGCUGACUCCGAUUGGGCACGAUGCCCAGAUACCAGGAAGUCUAUCACAGGCUAUUGUGUCAUGCUAGGUUCUUCCUUGUUGUGUUGGAAAUCCAAGAAGCAACAUACUGCUGCCAGGUCCUCCACUGAGGCUGAAUACAGGGCUCUUGCCUCUAUCACUUGUGAAGUUUAG